UUGUGUGCCUUAUUCCUUUUAGUCGCUUCAAGGUGUUCACUUGCGGUUGAACCAGAAGCUGAAGAAAAGUCACAAAAGUCCGAGUUUUCCCCACCUCAAAUUCCAUCCGAUGCAUAUUUCGCCGAGUUUUUCUCUUCCCCUGAUGAUCUUUCCUCCAAGUGGCUUGUAUCUCAAGCAAAAAAAUCUGGGGUUGAUGAGGCUUUGUCGAAGUACGAUGGCAAAUGGUCUGUCGAAGUUCCCGAUUCUAGUGCCAUCUUGCAAGACUUUGGCUUAGUUCUAAAGUCUCGAGCUCGCCACCAUGCUAUUUCUUCAAAGCUAAACAGGGUAUUUGAUUUUUCUGAAGAUUCCUUGGUGCUUCAAUAUGAAGUGAAGUUCCAAAAUGGGAUGGAAUGCGGCGGAGCCUAUGUUAAGCUUCUUUCUGACUCCCCCAGCCUUGACUUGGGUACUUUUAACGACGUGACUCCUUAUACAAUCAUGUUUGGUCCUGAUAAGUGUGGACUAGAGCAUAAAAUACAUUUCAUAUUUAGGCACAAGAAUCCCCAAAGUGGAAAAUAUGAAGAAAAACAUGCUAAAAAGGUGUCGCAGGAUCUGGAUAAGUACUUUAGUGAUAAGAAGUCACAUCUUUACACCCUUGUUGUUCGCUCGGAUAACACUUUCGAAGUCUAUAUCGAUCAGUCUCUGGUUAAUUCGGGCAGCCUUUUGACUGACUUUACUCCCGCGGUCAAUCCUGAAAAAGAGAUAAACGAUCCUAGUGACAGAAAGCCUGAUGAUUGGGAUGAGAGGUCCAAGAUUGUUGACGAAAAUGCAAUAAAACCCGAUGAGUGGGAUGAUGAUGCUCCUGAAUUCAUACUUGAUGAGACUGUGGUCAAGCCUGAAGGCUGGCUUGAGCACGAACCUACAAUGAUACCAGAUCCUGAUGCAGUCAAGCCUUCUGAUUGGUACGUGAACUAUUUGGAUCCUGAAAUUGACGGCGAAUGGGAGGCUCCUAAGAUUGACAAUCCUAAAUGUUCCUCAGCUCCUGGAUGUGGAGAAUGGCAUAAGCCAAAAAUACGUAAUCCGGAUUUUAAGGGCAAAUGGUCGCCUCCUCUAAUUGAUAAUCCGGCAUACAAGGGCGUUUGGAAGCCCAAACGUAUUCCAAAUCCCGAUUAUUUUGAGGAUACUCAGCCAUACAAGAUGACUCCUUUUGUAGCUAUUGGGCUGGAAUUGUGGUCAAUGACUGAGAGCAUAGUUUUCGAUAACUUCUUUAUUGCAAAUAGCAAAAGGAUUGCAGACGAUUUCGCAUCGGAAACUUGGAAGCUUAAGCGGGAAGCUGAGCGCAUCGCAGAUCCUAGC